AUGUACUUCAGAGAAUCAAGUAUAAAGAAAAGAAUACAUGAAUUAGAAAAUUCAAUUGAUUUAGAAAAAGAUGUUGAAAAGCUUGUACCAUACCCAGAGCCAAUAAAAUCAAAAUUUCCAUAUAAACAACAAUUAUUACCUUUUGAUUUAAAAGAUAAUAAAUUAAUAAAUUCAUCAAUUUUUCCAAAGACUAAUAAAGAAAAAUUGGAAAAUUUAUUGAAAAAAUAUUCAGCUGAUUAUAAAGUUAGAGUAAAAUAUUAUUCUAAUAAAGCUUGGAUAUUAAUUAAAGAAAGUUUUCUUAUUAUCUUUUAUGAUAUUUUAGGAAUUUUGUUUAGUGUUUUAGGAAUUUUGUUUAAUAUUUUAGAAAUUUUAUCAACAAUCAUAGUUUUCAUCUUUUACACAAUCCGUGGUUUAAUUUAUUUUGCCGUAGAAGCUUUGGACCUUUUGUUAGCUGCACUUGUAAUUUUACUUCCAAUAGCACUAUUAGGUGGUAUAGCAUUUGGAAUUCCUUUUGGUAUGAUUGAUCUGUAA